GUGAGCGGCUGCGGGAGGACUCCGGAGGCGAAGUGGGGACCGGGCUGAGUCCGGGCUCGCAGGGGGGCGGCGGGCAGCCUCUUUGCAGCGGGCUGCGGAGCCCGAUUGGAAGAAGCACCGGGCGGACACCUCUGAGGCUCAGCACGGUUGCCGCCCCCCCCCCCCCCCCAAGAUCCCGCCAGAGGCAAACCCCGGAGAUCUGUGCAGGGGACCGGCCCGGACGGUCCCGAAAGGUGUUGAGGCGAACCCGUCGAGGGCGACCCGUCUGCAGCGCUCCGGUCCCGAUCUGGAAUAAGCAGCGCCGGACUCCGCGCGUCGGACCUGCGAUCCCACAGUCGGUGGGCAGAAGCGAAGUCGGACUUGCAGACGCCGCCCGGAGGAAGCCCGACCCCGCUGCGGAUCCCGGGGGGUGGGGCGGGGGCGGCCGGACUUCUCCCUUCCUCGCCCCGCUUGCUUUUCCCGGGAGGCGCUCGGCUGGCCGCGAACCUGCGCCGCCGCAUCGGUCUCCCCGGUCCUGGAGUGGAGUUUCCCCUCGGGAGUGUCCAGCCGACGCGGGGUCCCCACAGGCGCCCGCCCCGUCGGGCUCCGGCCCCCGCCAUGGCCGCAGCCCGCCCGGGGUCGCCCCGAUCGCCGCUGCUGCUGCCGCUCCUUCUGCUCCUGCUGCCGGGCGGCUGCCGCGCUUUGGAAGAAACACUGAUGGAUACGAAGUGGGUAACGUCCGAAUUGGCGUGGACGGCUCAUCCAGAGACUGGGUGGGAAGAAGUCAGCGGCUACGACGAGGCCAUGAACCCCAUCCGAACCUACCAGGUGUGCAACGUGCGGGAGCUCAACCAGAACAAUUGGCUGCGCACCCAGUUCAUCGAGCGCCACGACGUCCAGCGCGUUUACGUGGAGCUCAAGUUCACCGUGCGCGACUGCAACAGCAUCCCGAACAUCCCGGGCUCCUGCAAAGAGACCUUCAACCUCUUCUACUACGAGUCGGAUACCGACUCCGCCUCCGCCAACAGCCCUUCCUGGAUGGAAACCCCGUAUGUCAAAGUGGAUACAAUUGCUCCCGACGAGAGUUUCUCCAAGCUGGAAUCCGGCCGGAUGAACACCAAAGUGCGCAGCUUUGGACCUCUUUCCAGGAACGGCUUCUACCUGGCCUUCCAGGACUUGGGGGCGUGCAUGUCCCUCAUCUCGGUCCGUGCCUUCUACAAAAAGUGCUCCAGCACUAUCGCCAGCUUUGGCAUUUUCCCCGAGACCCUGACCGGGGCGGAGCAGACCUCCCUUGUGAUUGCCCCGGGUACUUGCAUCCCCAAUGCAGUGGAAGUAUCAGUCCCCCUAAAGCUCUACUGUAACGGUGACGGAGAAUGGAUGGUACCGGUGGGAGCGUGUACGUGCGCCGCGGGAUACGAGCCGGCCAUGAAGGACACUCAGUGCCAAGCCUGCAGUCCAGGUACCUUCAAGUCCAAGCAAGGGGAAAGUCUGUGCUCUCCCUGCCCCGCCAACAGCCGGACGUCCUCCGCAGCGGCUGUUCUUUGUACAUGCUGGAACCACUAUUUCCGGGCAGACACUGACCCUCCCGACAGCGCCUGCACAAGUGUCCCCACGGCCCCACGCAACGUCAUUUCCAACGUGAACGAGACGUCUCUGGUGCUAGAAUGGAGCGAGCCGCGGGAUUCGGGCGGGCGGGAUGACCUGCUCUACAACGUCAUCUGCAAGAAGUGCAGCGUGGAACGCCGGUUGUGCAUGCGCUGCGACGACAACGUGGAGUUUGUCCCCCGCCAGCUUGGCCUGACCGAGAGACGCAUCUACAUCAGCAACCUCAUGGCCCACACGCAGUACACCUUCGAGAUCCAGGCCGUGAAUGGUGUCUCCAGCAAGGACCCCCAAAACCCCCAUUUUGCAUCAGUAAACAUCACCACCAACCAGGCAGCUCCCUCAGCAGUUCCCAGCAUGCACCUGCACGGUAGCACAGGAAGCAGCAUGACUCUGUCCUGGGAGCCCCCCAAGCAGCCCAACGGAAUCAUCUUGGACUACGAGAUAAAGUAUUUUGAGAAGCAGGGUCAGAUCGACGGCAUCGCCAACACCGUCACGAGCCAGAAGAACCUCGUGCGGCUGGAAGGCCUGAAGCCAAAUGCGGCCUACAUGGUACAGGUCCGGGCACGCACGGUGGCUGGCUACGGCCAGUACAGCCAUGGGAUGGAGUUUAGGACACCGGUGGAGAAUGGGUCCAGCAGCAAGAGCUUCCAGGAACUGCCUCUAAUUGUGGGGUCAGCCACUGCCUGCCUCGUCUUCUUGAUAGCUGUGGUGGUGAUCGCCAUUGUCUGUUUCAGGAAGCAGCAAAACAGCGCAGACUCGGAGUACACGGAGAAGCUACAGCAGUACAUCACCCCCGGAAUGAAAGUCUACAUCGACCCUUUCACUUACGAGGACCCCAAUGAAGCUGUCCGAGAGUUCGCCAAGGAAAUCGACAUCUCUUGUGUGAAGAUUGAGGAAGUGAUUGGAGCAGGAGAAUUCGGGGAAGUCUGCCGGGGCCGGCUGAAGCUGCCAGGCCGGCGGGAGAUUUUUGUGGCCAUCAAAACGCUGAAAGUGGGCUACACCGACCGGCAGAGGCGGGACUUCCUGAGCGAGGCGAGCAUCAUGGGGCAGUUCGACCACCCCAACAUCAUCCACCUGGAGGGCGUGGUCACCAAGAGCCGGCCAGUCAUGAUCGUCACGGAGUUCAUGGAGAACUGCGCCCUCGACUCGUUCUUACGGCCCAACGACGGGCAGUUUACCGUCAUCCAGCUGGUGGGGAUGCUCCGGGGUAUUGCAGCCGGCAUGAAGUACCUCUCGGAGAUGAACUACGUGCACCGAGACCUGGCUGCCCGCAACAUCCUGGUCAACAGCAACCUGGUGUGCAAAGUCUCCGACUUCGGGCUCUCGCGCUUCUUGGAGGACGAUCCCUCGGACCCCACCUACACCAGCUCACUGGGUGGCCCAGAUCGAUCCCGUGUGAAUGACCCGGGAAGCCAUCAUGCUACCAUGGGAUUCACUUCCGCCAGCGACGUGUGGAGCUAUGGGAUUGUCAUGUGGGAAGUGAUGUCAUACGGUGAACGGCCGUACUGGGACAUGUCCAACCAAGAUGUGAUCAGCGCCGCGUGGAAGUCAGGACUACCGCCUCUCCUCCCCAUGGACUGCCCCACGGCUCUGCACCAGCUCAUGCUGGACUGCUGGGUGCGCGACCGCAACCUCCGGCCCAAGUUUGCCCAGAUCGUGAACACGCUGGACAAGCUGAUUCGUAACGCGGCCAGCCUGAAGGUCAUCGCCAACGUGCAGUCCGGCGUGUCUCAGCCGCUCCUGGACGCCACCGUGCCGGAUUACACAACAUUCACCACCGUGGGGGACUGGCUGGACGCAAUCAAAAUGGGACGGUACAAGGAGAAUUUUGUCAACGCCGGCUUCGCCUCCUUCGACCUGGUGGCCCAAAUGACCGCUGAGGACCUGCUCAGGAUAGGAGUGACGCUAGCGGGACACCAGAAGAAGAUUUUGAGCAGCAUACAGGACAUGAAAUUACAAAUGAACCAGACGCUGCCCGUUCAGGUUUGACCGCCGAGGACUCUGGGUUUGGAACGGACCCGCCAGGGGAACCUCUCCCUAGGAUUCUAGCUUGUGGUGCCGCCCGGCUGCCCGGAUUUGUGAAAAGGGGAGUCACUCCCUUCUCCCUUCCUGCCACUCCCUUACUUUGCGUGGAGCUCCUUGUCUUGUCAAGAGACCUGUGGUGGAACAGACUAGGAUAAGCCUAGCUAGACGAAAGGCACUCAGGGCGUGGGCAGGGCAAGGAGGACCCCUGCCCGCCUUUUUGCUGCGGCAUCCUCCCAACGAGGCACCGGCGAAGCCGAAUCUUCAUAUUGAAGAUGGAUUAAUGGGGGAGGGCAGUGGCUCCUUCCCGUCUCCUCCCCGUUGCUCCGAGUCCUGCCCUUCGGCCUACCAGCUGUGCCACUUCUUCGGGCUUCCUUCGUUCGUUACCGGCACAGAGCGUCAGGUUGCUGCCCCUGCUCCCUGCUGGAGAGGCGUUCGGCUGCGGCACCUUCCGCUUCCGGCGGAAAGGGAAGGAUCCCCCCAACAAAGAAUCCGACCCGCUCGCUUGAGCUGCACGGAGGAGAGUCACCUGGCUGGACGUUGUUCUCCACACACCCCAUAGAUAACCGUAGGGCCCGCCCAGCCCUGUCCUGUAACUGCACAAAAAAAAAAGUCUGCAGGGAGAAGGGGAUUGGUCGGUGUGGGCCAGUGAGCCGGAACUGCAAAGCCAGCAAUGGUUCCCCCGCAGGAAGCUGGGCCUGGCCAGCUCUGCAUCUUGCGUACGUGUUCGGAGGCCCUUCGGCAUGAGUUUUGCACAGGAUUUCAAAGGCAGCCCGGCAGGAUUCAGACGGAGGGGGGGACCCGGCCGUGCAACGCGGCCCUGCCGCCCUCUUCCCCCCCGCCUCAUCUUUUAUUCAGGAAGGAACCGGCUCCGCCAGCCGCGCACCCAUCUCUGCGGAUCCCUGUGCUGAAACGUGCUGUGAUCGCUGCCAAAGGAAGAAAAGACUGGAACACUUCGAUUUCUCUCCCUUGUUGUUUUGUUUCGGGGGGGGGUUGUUUCAGUUUGGGGCGUGUCUUUCUGGCUCUCUCCCGAAAGCUCCUGCAGCCCUGAGCCAGCAGCCGAGAGGGUCCCUUGCGGAGCUGGCGAGCUUGCAUGUGUACGAGUGCGUGUACUGGCCGUCUGGGCCGCGCGAGAGGCCGCGCGGGCAGAAUAAAGGCAAUAACGAUUUUA